UAUGGAAAUUGUUAAUCAGCCUGGUACUGCACUUGUAUUGGAGCCGGGUGGACUUGAUGCACCUUCUAUAGGAAAUAAUAAUGUAGAGGAGAUACAGUGCCAAGAGAAUAUUAAUGGAGAAAAUCAAAAUGUUGUAAUUUCAACUAAUCCUGAACAACAACGUGAGGCUGAUGAAGAAACUAUACAAAUUGAUGAGGAAGAAGAUGAGGCCCGUAGCCGUGUUAUUGUUCAUAGACGAGUAACUAGAGGCGGUGGAUUUUUUUCUCGCCGUAAAGAUAAUAUAAUAGCAACAAAUAAUGAAGAAAAAAUUAUUGAAAGACAAAAUGGUAAAAGUAAUAUUGAAUGGCAACCAUCAGCAACAAAUGUAAAACCUGGAUAUUCGAGUUUUAAAAGUGGUAUAAUUAAAUUAACACCGGAAAGCUUGAAAUGUAAAUUGUAUUGCAGGUAA